AUGCUAACAGCUUUUUCAGACCUAGAUGAGGAGAUCUUGAUCGAUGCCCAGCCUUCAGCUGAUGGGGCUGCACCGGCGUUUAACUUUGCAUCUGAUCCAGCCCACGACGCUGAUGUACAUAUUGAUGAAGAGGGCCGGCCUGUUUUUACCCCGGCGAAAGACGUCCACCGCGUCCACCGAGUCGAAACCCGAAAAGUCCCAGUUCCACCGCAUAGAAUGACUCCACUGAAAGCUAGCUGGCCACGAGUGUACCCUCCGCUUGUUGAACAUCUCAAAUUGCAAGUGAGAAUGAACAUCAAGAAUCGAGCAGUCGAACUUCGUACAUCUCGAUUUACGACUGAUACAGAGGCCCUGCAAAAAGGUGAAGACUUCGUCAAGGCCUUCACGCUAGGGUUUGAUGUCGAUGAUGCUAUUGCACUGUUGAGAUUAGACGAUCUAUACAUCCGCUCUUUUGAGAUCCGCGAUAUCAAAACUCUCAAUGGAGAGCACCUCAGCCGUGCAAUUGGACGCUGCGCUGGCAAAGAUGGCCGAACCAAAUUUGCAAUAGAGAAUGCCACCCGUACAAGGAUUGUCAUUGCAGACCAAAAAAUCCACUUGCUAGGCGGCAUUAAGAACGUCGAAGCUGCUCAGCAGGCCAUUGUCAACCUGAUCAUGGGUAGCCCACCAGGAAAAGUGUAUGGCAACCUUCGUAAAGUGGCUUCACGUAUGAAGGAGCGCUUUUGA